CCGAGGGGCGGCCCCGGCGGCACAGCCCUCCCCCUGCCCGCCCCGACUAGCCCGAGCGAAGGGCUGGCCCCGCCGCCGCGCCAGGGUAAUGGCCCGGGCCGCUUUCACUCUGGCAGCCGGCCCUGCGGCGGGGGAGCGGGGCUGAGCCCAUGAUCCCGGCGCGGCGGCGGCGGCAGGACGGGGCGCGGCGGGAGCCGGCGGGCAGCGCGUCCCCCCGGGCGGCCCCUCCCAGGAGAGCGGCGAGGGCCCCGUCAGCAGCCGGGCGCGGACAUGCACAGUGAGCUCGCCGCGGGCCAGAGAAGCAGCGCCCGCUUCGAGGUGACCGAUAAAUGCCCCGGAGCGCCUGUGAAGGAACUGCCGCGGGGGACUCGUCCCGGCGCUGGUAAAGGUGUCUUGAACCCUCAGAUGUCCUUUAAAGUAGCGGUCAGCAACGGCGGUGACCGCACGGAGCCUCAGCAGAGCCCCCCUGAGAUGUCAGCGCCUCUGCUGGAUUUCAUCCCUAAAAGAGCCAGCAUAUUCGAGAGGAUCCCCAUCCUGCCCAGGGCGCAGGAGCUGCGAUGUGCUAGAGGCUCUAAAGACUAUUUCCAGCAGCAGAAACAUCAGAGCGUGAAGGUGAACGGUGGCUACAAUCAUUGUAACUUGAUCUCCGAGAAGAAGAACAUGAUGGACAUGGAGAUGACAAGUAGCUCGGUACCUGUCUGCAGACAAGGUCUAUUCAUCCACACAGGGAACUCUCUGAUGCGAGACCACCCACUGUCCUGUGAGAGACUGCUUCAUGUUGGUCAGCUGAACUUGACACACUCCGAUAUAAGGUCACCCAGGUUUCAAGACUCAGUUGAUUCUGCUGCUCCAUGCCUGAAUGGAAGUCACCCAGCUCAGCACAUUAAACAAGAAUGCCCGAGUGAUUAUAAGGUUCUGUCUGAGGCUUCCACACAUAGGAGGAUUACGGAGGGGAUGGAGCUAAGAGCCUCUGGUAGUCUGCAUCCUGAAAUAGACCUAAUGAAUAAUAGCUUUACAAAUUCACUUUCAUCCUACUUGUUUAAUAAUGAACAUAGCUCCUCCCUGGGUCCUUUGUCACUUGGCACCCCUCAGCACUCAGCCAGGCUACAAACAAGCAACCUGAAGAAGAGAUGCAUCUCUGUUGUGCCGUCUUCAUCUGAAGGAAUUGAUAUUACAGCUAUCAUCCGCACAUCACAGACGUCACUGGUCACCUGUGUGAAUGGACUGCGAACUAAUUCAGCUGGCAUUUCCUCUCAGCCUGUGGAGAUCAGUCAUCACAGUGCUCAGAAAUCCUCUCGACCCCAGUCUUGCUCUCAGCCUGGAAACCCUUGCAGUAUUCCCUCCCCUCCAGCAUGUCUUGUACCUAUUUCUGCUGAAUGUGACAGAGGUGACUGUGAGCAGAUACAAAUGCAGCAAGUCGAGGAGAAUGGAAGCCUCAGCCUCCUGAUGAACGGUACUAGCGUCCCUCAUCAAAACACCUUGCACGGCGCCCAGAAGGUGAGUUUCUUAAAACAAGAACCAGCUGAUGAUUAUUCCUCCGCUGCUGAUCUUUUUCGACAUCACCAGGGGCUGCCUCCUCCUUACCAUCUACACCAGCAGCUAAGCCAGGCUCAAGGGACACUGCCUCACUUACACGCCUCUAUGUCUCCAAAGUCCCUGCAGCCCAGCGAUGGGGACGAACAGGAGCUCAGCAAUGGCAAACAGGUCUGUCAGUGGAUUGACUGCAGUGCCACUUACGACCAACAAGAUGAACUGGUCAGACACAUAGAAAAGACUCACAUUGACCAGCGGAAAGGAGAGGACUUCACUUGCUUUUGGGCAGGCUGUGUCCGCCGCUAUAAACCCUUCAAUGCUCGAUACAAACUGCUGAUUCAUAUGAGGGUUCAUUCUGGAGAAAAACCAAACAAGUGCAUGUUUGAAGGGUGCAACAAGGCAUUUUCUAGGCUUGAGAACCUUAAGAUUCACCUCCGGAGCCACACUGGGGAGAAGCCAUACCUGUGUCAGCAUCCCGGCUGCCAGAAAGCUUUCAGCAACUCCAGUGACCGGGCAAAGCAUCAGCGAACACACCUGGAUACCAAGCCCUAUGCCUGUCAGAUUCCUGGCUGCUCCAAACGCUACACCGACCCCAGCUCCCUGCGCAAGCACGUGAAAGCUCAUUCUGCCAAAGAACAGCAGGUGCGUAAGAAGCUAAAUUCCUGUACCGACAUUGAGCAAGAUGUACUGAGUGAAUGCUUAGCUAUGCAACAGCUCCACACAUCUUCACAACACAUUUUGGAUGGCAAGUGUGGUAGAUCUGUAGGUCAUCAUGAUUUAAUUACAGGCAUGUACAGUGGCUCCAGCGCUAACCAUAACGGUCCCUCACCAGGUAUAUUGCCACCUCCUCACGACAUCCCUUCAAGACAGCAUCCACUCGACUCUACCCUUUCCAGCCCACAUCACCACCAGUCACCGUUGGAGAGUGCCAGGGAUGGGCUUGCUCCCAACAUAAUCUCUCCACUUGUCAGCCCCCUGAAAGCAUUAGUUCCACCUUCCCUAUUGCAGAAACAUGGUUCUCCGUCAUCACACAGCCAGUCACCAAACGGGCAGCAAUUUUCUGGAAUACCAAAUAAACCAUACACGCAAUUUCAAAACCAGUCUGUACAGCAGGGAUCUCAAGAUUAUCACACAGUGAUGCUGAGGGACAGAUGCUGCAGUCCAACAGAGAAUUUGAACGCUUAUGGAGCAUUUUAGUUCUUUCCAGACUUCUGAUUCUGAGGCAGUUCUCUGCCUCAGGUAUGUUUUCCUGAGCAGCUAGACAGUGAAACUGAAAACACUUCAAAAGAAAUCUUUACUCAUAGGUCUUGAGAAAACCCUGGAUCCAACUAGUUUCAAUCCGGUUCUGUCAGGCUUGGCUGGUCUCUGAUUUUCUAAGUCACUGUGCCAGCCCUGUAGAUCAUAAAGAUGUUUAAUAGAGCUAACAAAGGCAAGCCUGGGAGCGUGACAAAAGGGCAGCAAUUACAGAGACAGAGAAAAUACACGUCAUGCCUUCCCUAGAAGUGAUGUGUAUAGCAGACUUUCUGGAAGAGGUUCACUUUUUUCACUAGCAGUGCGUAUAAGUGCUCUCUGCAACCAGUUACACCUCGUCUGAAGCCAAGUGUCUCAUUUUUUCUCACUGUUCAUCUCAGAAGGAGGUAUUUUUAGAAGGUUUAUAGCAGGGAGUUCAUAUUUUGUAAACAGAAAAGUCAGGAUAAUUAUCAAAAGCCAAUCAAUAAAGCCCUGUACCUAAACCACACCAAAAGAUGGCUUUGCUACCUCUCAUGAGAGCGCUUUGGUUGAUUGAGCCAGACUCUCCAGGCAGUAAAUAGAGGUGGCUGUCUAUUUAUUCCAAGGAAGGACAUGCAUCAUUUAAUACUCAGCUUUCCAAAUUUCUCAGCCUUCUUCUAUGUAGCAGCAAAUACAAACAGCUUUGGUACAGUGUGUGUAGUGUCUUUAUCUAACACAGUCAUCCAUUAGUACUUCACCAAUCAUGGAUAUCAACAGUUCAGGUAUUUUGUGGUGGAGGAUUACAGGUUCUUAAGAAAUGAAUCAUCUAAUCCAUGCAGAUUCUGCCAAAACACAUAUGAAACUGUGAAACUUCAGAGCAAAUCUUUCCCCACUCCAUGAGUUCAUUGUAUUUUUACUAAAGAAUUGCCUCAGCCUUAUUUAUUACCACCUUAGAAAACAUGACCAGACUGAACAGAUGCUACCUAUGUCCUUGGUCAAACUUUGGAAUUAAAGGGAAAAUGCAGAAAAAGACAGGAGAUCUUUCUUAACAGGAAAAACCUUAUACACUGCAUGAUUUGUAAGGGUCACAUCCCCCCCUGUACAUCACCCAGGCUCUUUGGUGAUAGGCACAGGUAUUUCAUUUGUAAACAACCAGACUGAAUAGCUGCACAACCAGCCCAGCAAGUCACUGCUGAGUGGGGCUGUGUUGGCUUCUGUCAGCGGCUGAUGUGGUUGUGUCUCUUUGGCUGAACUACCUGGUUCCUUAGGAAACAUUUCAGUCUGAGUAAGGCUGAGGGAAGAGAGGCAACAGCUCUGUAUUUUUCCUGGCAAACAGAGGAAAAUCCUGAUAGCACAUUCUACUAAACUUAAAGCCUGACUUGGUUGACUUCAGUUGCAUAUAAGGGAAGGAGAAUCAUUUCAGAGGGGGCUUUGAGAGAAGGUAAGGAAACACAUAAUAUGACUGUGCAAAUAGUGUGUGAUGCACCUGGAAUCAGGAAGAGGUUAUUGAGGCAGGAGGAAGGAAAAUCAUUAAAUCAGGCCACGGUUGGUAUACAUCUUGUGGCAUGCUUUGAGGUUGUCCUUAAGGGAGCAAAUAACAUUUUCUUUUAGGAUGUUGGCACAUACUUCCAAGUUGUAAAAUUCCUUCCUCAGCAACUCAUUUGUCCUUUACUGUUACCUGCUUUCUUUUGUUGUGCACAAGUCACAGUUUCUGCUGGCAAAACCCAAGGUACGUAGCUUUGAACACAAGUGGGCUAAUGACUGGGUUCAGCUGACCCACUACUUGAAAUGAAGCACACCCCUGAGAUUUUUGCUUGAUGGGGGUCACAGUCCACAGCACCUUGUGGGAAUGAGUCUGAUGUAGCUUCUAUAUUAUUAUGCCUUAUAGAACAGCGUGAUCAUUAUUGCAUAGUUUAAACUGAGGGACUAAAAACCCCCACAAUAGUAAUGAAAUACUGUGACAGAAAUAGAUCUAAUACAGUUACAGUGGUGUUAAAAUGUGUGUGUGAUA